AUGGGAAGUAAAGUCCACGUUGACGAUGGGAAGAAGGAAUUGGUGAAUGAUAUAAAUAGAAUGGAAAAACUGGGUGUGAGUCAAGGAAGGUCAGUGUUGGUUAUGAUGAAUGAGACUGUGUUGAUGGAGUUGAAGGACUCAGUGUUGGUUAUGAUGAAUGAGACUUUUGCUUUUGGAGAUGAUGACAUACUUAGGAUCAUUGCAGAGGCCCAUGGUUCAAGAUAUUCCAUAAAUCCAGGUUCCAACAAGAUGUGUCAUGAUCUUCAGAAAAUCUAUUGGUGGGAUAGCAUGAAGAAGGACAUCGCAGAAUGUGUGGCCAAGUGUCCUUAUUGCUUAAAGGCCAUUAAUAUGUACUUCAUGGUUGGUCUUUCAAAGACUAGGAGACAGCAUGACUCCAUAUGGGUUGUUGUGGAUAGGGUGACAAAGUCUGCCCACUUUAUCUUUGUAAAGUGCACUUACAGAGCUGAUGAUUAUGUGAAACUCUACAUUGAUGAUUUUGUGAGAUGGAAUGGGAUUCCUUUGUCUAUCAUUUAA